AUGGGGCUGUUUUCCAAGGAUUGCAUCCUCCCUUGUCCUUUCCCAGCUGGAAAUGAUGAAGUAAUUUAUUGGAAGAAAGGGGAAAAAAACGUGCACAGCUACUACUACCAGAGGGAUCAGCUGGAAAGGCAAGACUCAUAUUACAGACACAGAACACACCUUUUCCACGAGAAAAUUCCUAGUGGAAACGCCUCCUUGAAACUUAGUAACCUGACCUUGACUGAUGAGGGCCCUUAUAAUUGCUAUGUGGGAACAAGGCAAACUAAAACAGAAGUGGAAGUCAUGCUGCAUGUAAGAGACCAACUGUCUAACAUGGAAGGAAGUAGCACUGCAAUUCCUUGUGAAUACAGCAAUAACACUGCAAACACUGAAGGUUUCAGAGUUGUCUGGACCUUCAACAGAAAUGCAGUGAUUUCAGUCCUGGCCUCCUUCAAUGGUACAUCUCACUCUUACCAGCCUCGAGUCCAGAUUAACCAAAAUGAUUUUUCACUGAUGUUGCGUGAUCUUACUGCAAAUGACAGUGGAGAAUAUCUGUGUAACAUUUCAACACCUCACUACACAAAACUUACUGUGACAACUUUGCAAGUUGCUUGUUGUGGCAAAGGUCUCAAAAUUGGUGGCUGCCCUCAGUUGCCACUGACUGCCCCCGGAGCUAAGGGUACAGGGAAACUCUCUAAAUCAUGUCCUAAAUGCUCCGCUAACAGCAAAUAUGGUCUUUAA